AUAAACUUGUUAAUUCUUUCUGAAUUCACAAUGUCGGGAGAAGACGAAUUUGAAGAUGAGUUAGAUGAUAAAGAACUUAUCAGCUGCGUCAAAGCCAAUCCGUUGUUAUAUGAUAAAUCAGAAAAAUUCUAUAGUAAUAGUGAAGUGAAAAGACUGAUUUGGGAGGAUAUUGGCAAUAAUUUGACCAACAAAAAAACAGGUGCUGAAACUGAACAUCGAUUUUAUCAGUUGCGACAGCGAUUUGGCAGAGAAAGAAGGAAAUGUAUUCAAUCUCAGCCUCGAUCAGGACUAUUUCAAAUUAUAAAAGAAAAGAAUCAACUUCAAAAGCAAUAGUACAAGUAAACUUGCCAACCCCCAAUCUGCCUUCAAAUUCGAUAUCAAAUGCCUCAUCUGCAUCAAACUUGUGGAACGAAGACUUGAUUACUAUUUCAUGUGAUGAUGUUAAUGAAAGUUCAAACACGGUUGAGCCCUUACCAUCUGUGCAACCUUCUACAUCAUCGCUACCACGAAGUUCAUCAUUUUCAGCACCUGAAGAUAGUGGAAUAUCUAUUGUAGAAGAAAUGCAACAAGCUAUUAAUACCAGUAAACAUUGCGUUCCACAGUCAGAUCUGUUUGCCAAACGAAAAAAGCAGAAAUUCGAUGUUUUUAGUAACACUAUGUUGGAACAAUCGAAAAAUUUAAAUGUGUUGGAACAAAAAGUAGGGGAUGCACUUACUUCAUCUCCAUCUGUAUCUAAUAUUGAUGUUACAGAACCUUUUAAUUCAUUUCGUCCCGAUGUGAAAACUAUGCUAACUUCUUUAGGUUUUGCUUUGCAAAAAAUUCCCGAGUCGAAACAUUUGGAUAUCCUAAUUAGUCUCAUGCAGUUAGUAAAACAAUAUAUUGAAGAUGAUAUAACGAAGUAAUGAGUUCAAACAAAGACUUUUGCGUAAGAUAUUUGUUUGUUAAAAGUAAAAGUUUUACAUUAUUAUUACGUAAAAU